AUGGCACCUGCUCCAACAGGAUUUUCAUUUUCGACACCUUCCGGCGGCUCACCUUUUUCGUUCGCUCCUCAGUCUCAAAAACCGCCCGCAUCAGGUCCAUCAACAUUCCCACUCGGUUCAUCCAGUAGCUUCGCUGCCAAACCUUCUGCUCCCGCUUCAAAUCAAGAUGCGGACGGUAUGGACGAAGACGAAGCAAUAGAGGAUGGUGAAGAUGAGGAUGAAGUUGAAACAUGCUAUCUGCAACCUGCUGCGUAUCCAAAGGGGGAGAAGAAGAAAUGGAAAGCAUCUGGAAGAACUAUAAGUGCUACUGUAUCUCCCGCGGGAGGAGAGAUAGCAUCUUGGGUGACAAAGAAGCCUGCGUCAAACCCUAAUGAACCAUCUCAGCUUUCUUCAACUUCUUUAUCGAUAUCGGAUAGAACUAUAUUCUUCACCUCAUUGUCCUCCCUCCCAAACUCCUUGAUUCAGCUUUACACAGAAUCACACCUUCUGUUUACUUCGUUGCAGCAAAUAGUAGCUGAAUCGCAUUCAAGAAGAUUACCUUCUGUGGGUAUGGAGAAGAUCGCCGAAGCCUGGGACAGAAGAGGUAAUUUGGUUGGGGUGGAAAGUUUAUUAGGUCCUCCAGACGCAGAGACGAUCAUGCAUAUGCGUAGAUUGGCAGAUCUGUAUUUGGAUCAACUAGCGGAACUGAAAGGUAAUCAAGACGUAGAUGUUGAACUCAGAACAAGAUUCACAGCUUUUUAUAACAUCCUCAAUCUCGCUGAAGUCUUAUACCUUCCUGUGGACGGUAAAGGCGAAGGACUAGUCGGUGAAGAACUCUUAGAUUGGGUAAAUGAUGUUGACCCAGCACCGGAUAAUUCGCAGGGUAAUGAUAUAAUGUCAACUAAAAACCCAUGGGAUCAUCCUUCGUUCUUCCCUUAUGUCUCACGAUGUAUCCUUCGAGGCUUUCAUUUACCUGCCGCAUCUUUCCUUCGAUCAUUAACCAAUCAUUCUUAUACGCCAAUAUCAAGAUUAGCUUCAUUGCUAGCACAGCAUCUAUCGAUAAUCCCUCGAUCGACAGAAGAACGUUGGAGAGUCGACUUGGAGUUCCUUCAGGCGCAUAAACAAUGGUUAGCUAAAUUCAGAGCUGAGUUAGCGAGUUUCACAGGAGGAAGAGGAAGGGGUAAAUGGUUUGAAGUCGAUACAUAUAGAGCGUGGGAAAGCGAUUUUAGAAUCGUAGUAGAAUUGAUGGAAGGUAAACCCACUAGAAUAUUGGAGGAAGCUUCGGAUUGGAGGGAAGCUUUAGGUGCCUGGGGUACUUUGGUAGAUGUCGAUAUGAGAAGAGAUCAUUUACCCGAGGUAAUGGCGAUGAUAUUGGACAAAAUACCAGUAGACACAACCUUGCAAGAAGAUGCCAUACAAUCAGCGCUGUGUUCAGCAGAGAUUAUCAAGGCAUUGAUGGGAUGUUAUGAUCUCGAUAUAUGGCUUUCUGCGCAUUUGGGGGAUUUGCUAGACAAGCUAGAGCUAGUUCCAGAUGAUGAACAACGAUUCGAAAUUCCUCUACGAGAUUACUUCUUACUUGAAUACGCAGAAAUCCUACAAAAUAAUCCGAAAUACUCUGCAUUCUGGAGAGUCAUAUGUGAUUACUUGAAUUAUGCCGGCCAAGAAGGACGUAAUAGGUUGAAAUCACAUAUCAUGCGUAUAUCCAUAUCGUUGGAUAGUACUCAGAAAGGUAAAACCAAACAAAUCGAUUCUCAGACCGCAAUCAAUCAAGAUGAGGGUAUGGAUGUUGAAGAAGAAGGAGAAUCUAAGGAGAUACAAGAAGCGGUCAGACUAUUAGAUGAAGUCAGAGCUGCUUGUGGUGAAUUCAAGUUGGAAGAAGAAUUCAAAAUGAUAUCUCAGAUCUUAGCUGGGAAAUUGAUUCGGAUAGGUGAAUAUGGGAUGGCAGCUUCGAUGUCAAUGAUGGCUGGAGACGGUUGGGCUUUAUCAAGAAUCGCAGAAACGAUUCUGGAUGCUUAUAUAUCUGACGGAGAUGAAGAGUUCCUUCGAUUAGUCGAUACUCUUCCGCCAACACUAUUGAGUGAAGCGCCAACAGCUCUAGCAGAAUUACAAAGUCAACUAGAUCCAUCGUCUGGUUUACCUGAUUUACCAGCAACGUCAGCAUUAAGCAUCUUCGCAUCGAGACUCACGUUCUUAUCCGAAUUCAGAGAUUACCUGUUAUUUUUAACUCAAGGAGCGAGAGAUAGAGCGGCGUCUAAAUUAGUUGGAUUGUUGACUUCUGGCAUUGCACCCGUUGGAAUAUGGGCAGUGUUGUUGGUGGAAAGUGUUACUUUACUUGAAGAUUCGGAAAUCCUGUUCUCAUCAAACGAGACAUUUGAGCUUCUAAGAGUCUUGGAAGAAGUAAAGUCCAACGCUACCUUUGCUCCAUCAGACUACCUGUUGCAACUCAUCCAGUAUCUCCAGCAGAUCAGCAAAAGUAAAACUGAUCAAGCAGAAAAUAGCCAGAAGGGAAUGAAGAUAGGGUUUGAGGAAGGAUGGAAGAAGUUGGAUGAGGUUAGAUUAGCAUUAGCCAGGAAUUUAGCUAGAGCCUUGGUCGGUGGAUUUGAUAGUCCAUUCUGA